CCCUAUUUCUCUCUCUUCCUUUCUUCUCUUUAUUUACCCUCUUCUGCAUUGCAGUGCAAACCUCUCUGUUCUCUCUCGCUCUUACCGCCCUCCCUUCCAUUGAAGUUCAGUCCCUCUCUCUCUCAAGAAAAUAUCGAUUCUCUCUGUAUUGCAAUCCUGAAACCAUCACAAUACUGCAAUUCUCUCUCUAAAACCAAUCUCAACCAGCAACUCUGUCCCUCUUUCUUAAAACCCAUCUCUCUCUCUCUCUCUCUCAAUUUUAUGGAAAUCUGAGGUCGAACGACUAUAAAUGGCGGUUCAACUCAUGAGCUACAACACCAACAACGCCUACCCCAUAAUGGAGGACCAAGCCCUGCAAGAGGCCGCAUCAGCUGGGAUCAGGAGCAUGGACCAACUGGUUAAGCUCUUGGGCCGGCAGCCGAACCCGAGCUCGCCCACCGCGGACUGCAUGUCCAUUACUGACACAACAGUCACCAAAUUCAAGAAAGUUAUCUCAAUUCUCAACAGAACAGGCCAUGCUCGCUUCAGGAGAGCACCCACUAAUACCCAUUCUGCUCCUUUCAGAGAGCCAAACCCUCUUCUGGAGUCAAGGGAAUGGAAACCAUCGAACCUGGUCUCGAUGGCCGAGCUGGCUCCUAUUCGAUCGAGCCCUGAAAUGGCUCAGAAACCCCCAUGUCCCAAACCUGUGAGUGCUUGUGAGGUUGUUAUGAAAGAGGGGAACAAUAACAUGGGGUUCAGCCUCUCUGAUUCCCCUCCGAUGUCUUCCAAUUCGAGCUCAUUUGUUUCUUCCGUAACUGGAGAUGGGAGCUGUUUGGAUGGGAAGAUUGUGGUCUCAAAUGGUAGGCCUCCAUUGAGCUCUUCUUAUAAGAAGAGGUGCCAUGGCCAUGAGAAACCAGAUGAGAGUUCAGGAAAGUGUGGGAAUCCAGGAAGGUGCCAUUGCUCUAAGAGAAGGAAGAACAGAGUGAAGAGGAGUAUUAGAGUGCCUGCUAUAAGCUCAAAGAUGGCUGAUAUUCCACCUGAUGAAUAUUCUUGGAGAAAAUAUGGACAGAAGCCAAUCAAGGGAUCGCCAUACCCAAGGGGCUAUUACAAGUGUAGCAGUGUAAGAGGGUGCCCUGCUAGAAAGCAUGUAGAGAGAGCCUCUGAUGAUCCAGCCAUGCUUAUUGUGACUUAUGAAGGGGAACACAGCCAUUCUCGCUCUAUAUCUGAGAGCACAGGCCUAGUCAUUGAUUCUUGAGACAUGCAGAGAGAGAAAGGGACCACUUUGGAGGACCAGGAGAAAAUAGAGUGAGAAAGACACAUUUUUAGUGAGAGAAGGUUAGAGAGAGAGAGAGAGAGAGAGGUUAUUUCCCUUGCUCCAAGCUAUAAAUCUUUUCAAUUGCUUGAGAAAAAGAAAAACCUUGUGUAAAUUUGGCUCUCAAGAGAAGAAGCACCACCUUUCCUUUCUACUAUUCUUCCUUUUUUCUUUUUUUUUUGUCUUGCUUGAUUAGUUUUUAGACAUUUUUUUUUAGGAUUUUCCAAGGGAAAAAAAAAAAAGAAAAAGAAAAAGAAAAAGAAAAGGAGGAGAAAGAAGGGGAGAGAGGUUUCUUUAUUUUGUCCUUUGUGGGAUUAAGUCAAAAGACGGGUCAGGGGUUGGUUGGUUGGGUGGGGUCCUACCCGUCACGUUCUUGGUGGAUGUGGUCAAAGAUAAUAUGAGUAAAGGAGGGGUUAGUGGUGGGGCCCAGUCCUAGCAAUUUCAUUUGCUUUUUGUUUUGACCGAUGUAUAGCCCUUUUACUUUUAAUCAACUGGACUUGAGCUGUGGCAUCCGAUGCUCUUUUAUUUA